CUCUCCCCCCGGUUCACUUGGCGAAGGUACAGAAAUGCACAGCGCUCCUCCUCACUCCUGGUGCGCACUGGUCCUUGAUGAACGCGCUUAAUACCAAGUGGGAACCAAGUGAGACACACCUAUAGCAAACGAGGGGGAAAAGUCGUCUUUUUUAGUUUUGGAAGCUGUGAAGCGUUAACUUAGCUCGUUCAAUAGACAAAGUGAGACGGAAUAUGGAUGUAGGGCCCGUUUAUUUUACGACUCUGGGGGCUCAGACGAAAAUUGACAGAAGGUCCCAUCGGAACCUUUUGCAACCUUAGAGACAUCAUUACAUCAAGAAUAUGGAUCUCUCAGCUGGAAAUGAGUCAUCUACGUCUCUCGAGUGCGUCGGGGCUCAGUCAAACGAAGCAGGUAACGGGAGUUUGGAGACAUCAAACAUCACCUGCGGCAACGCGUCCACUUUCUCCAUACCUCAGCGUGUGAGACCUAGAGAUGAGGACCACACACUGCGGAUUCUUCUCUACUCACUCAUCUUCUUCUUGAGUGUGUUUGGCAACCUGCUGAUAAUCGUAGUGCUGACGGUCAAUAAGCGCAUGCGCACCGUGACCAACAACUUUCUGCUGUCGCUUGCAGUCAGUGACCUGAUGAUGGCCAUCUUCUGUAUACCCUUCACUCUCAUCCCCAGCAUCCUCAAGGACUUCAUCUUUGGAGCCACCAUGUGCAAGAUAGUGUCCUAUCUCAUGGGCGUAUCAGUCAGCAUCUCCACAUUUAGCCUGGUUGCCAUAGCGAUCGAGCGCUACAGCGCCAUCUGUAACCCUCUGAAAUCCAGAGUGUGGCAGACCCGUUCCCAUGCCUAUCGAGUGAUUGCUGCUACAUGGGUGUUGGCCUUCAUCAUCAUGGUCCCUUAUCCAAUAAUCAGUCACCUGGAGUCUUUUGAGCGCCAUGACAACACCACAGCACACCAGUGUCGCCACAGGUGGCCCCUCGCAAAGGCAGAGCAGACCUGGUACAUUCUGCUUCUGCUUGUACUGUUCGCAAUCCCAGGGGUGGUGAUGAUUGUGGCUUAUGGACUGAUCUCGAGGGAACUUUAUAAAGGCAUCCAGUUUGAGAUGGGCCACAAAAAGGACACUACUGAUGUGAAGAAUGGCCUGACCUCCACUGUGGCUAAUGAUGAUGGAGAUGGUUGCUAUGUUAAUGCUGUACAGCAGCCACACUCGAUGGAGAUGUCCACCAUGGGGGCAUCAGGCAGGUCAAUCAAGGCAGAAAGGCCACGCAGCAACACAUCUGAGGCCAAGCUGGAAGCUAAGAAGAGAGUCAUCCGCAUGCUGGUGGUCAUUGUCGUCAUGUUCUUUCUCUGCUGGAUGCCGCUAUACUGUGCCAACACCUGGCGAGCUUUUGAUGACACCUCUGCCAAAAAUGCCCUCUCAGGUGCCCCAAUCGCUUUCAUCCAUUUGUUGUGCUACACCUCUGCCUGCGUCAACCCAAUUAUUUACUGCUUCAUGAACACACGUUUCCGCAAAGCUCUGCUCGCCACGUUUUUGUGCUGCACGGCGGUUUGCCGCCGUCAUCAUUGUUGUGGGCUACGCGACAGCGAGGAGGAUGUUAUGGCAACAGGAGCAUCAAUGUCCAAGUUCAGUUACACUACUGUCAGCACCAUGGGAACCUGCUGAGGCAGAAAGAUGCAGGCACGACCCAGAAGAGACAGUUACUACAGCAACACAGUACCCCGCAUCCUUUGUCUUUAUGCCAUUCUGUGCUAAUAGGGAUAGUAAUGUGGACUGGAAAAGCAGUCCAUAUAGUGUAGCAGUAUAUAAGCUCCACCUACAGCAUGACUGUGAGUCAAGUUAUAUAGAGGUCAUUUAAUGAAACCAUGUCUUAGAGUGUAAAUACCUCCAUAGCUGUAGUGAAAAAGCACAAGUAAGGCAUUUGUGUGUGUGUGUGUGUGUGUGUAUUGGUGAAGAUGUGAGGCAGGCAGUUUUGAUAACGUUGUAGGCAUCAUGUAGCUCUAGGAACGGCAAGACCUUUUGCUAUGUAGUUUUAAAGUUGCAUUUUAUAUUUUGCUGUCAGUUGUUAAUGUUUAUCUGCGUUACAGAUGAUAAUGCCUUGCUGUGGACUAAGUGCCUGCCACACAGUACUAUAUUAUAUUUGUCUGCUGUUGAUUUUCCACAUUCGACGCAGCACCAUAAUCACAGGCAAGUUGUAAUCUGAGGAUCUUAGAGGUGGAGCUUAAAAGAUCUUCUAAGCAAACUUAACAUCCUCCUCAAGUUAGGAAUUUCUUCUACAGUUAACUGAUAAAUUAGCAGGAUGUCAGUCUUACGUGGUUCCAGAAACCCCCUCAGUGGUAUUAUGGUGACUGUUUACCAGUAGAUGGACAGUGUUGUAUUUACAGUGUUUUGUUUUUAGAGAUGUUUUUUCUCCAGUGUAUGCUGGAAUGUGUGUAGUGUGUCAUUGCAACUGAACACAGUAGCAAAUGUGGAAAGGGUGACUUGGUGCCUAAAUUACCACAACUGCCUGAUGCAGCAAGUACCAGCACUUUGUGGAGGACAUCUGAAAACUAUUUAACAGUCCCUACAUUGUUAUAUUCCUGAUACCAUAUUAGAAAAAACUUCAAAAAGUCCCCCAAGUACAACAGAAGUUACAGUAUAUGCUGUUAUAUGAUAACGAGAGGAGUAAGACGAUAUUAUGGUCACUAAACAUACAGUGCCAGACACUUCAGGGCAUACGUAGGUAUACAGUAUUUUACACAUAUUAAUAUAUAUUAUAAUGCUUGAAAUGAAGCGUCUGUAUUUUGUAGUACUGUAAUAAAAACUAAUGGUACAGUAUCAGCAGACCACCAGACCACCAUAGCAUGUGAAUCCAGUAGCACCAAGUAUUGCUUCUAUUGCUGAGUCAGAUCUGUGAACCCUUGUGCAGCUAAUAAACAGUCAGGCUUACCAUUAAGCUGGAGGCCUCAAAGGUGAAAACUUAUUCAUGACACUACUGUAUGUUCAUGUCAGCCGAUGUAAAGAGCAGGACAGGAGUUCAGUCUUUUUCAAAAAAUAAGACAUUUAACCAAAUAAUUAAUCUUAGUCAUGCUAAUAUCCAAGCAACUCAUAACCAUGUUAUUUAUGAUCUGAGCACAGGUUAAUGCUGAAACAAGGAGACACAUGUAUUGGAAUUUUGUCAUACAGUAGCUUAUACAUCCAGUAAAUGUUACUAAUAUGUUAUAUUUGUUACCAUACAAGUUCUGUAUGGUCACACUGAAGAGGGAUGUUUUGAACAUUAAGUUCACUUCAGCUUUACAGUAUAUUUUAAAAGAAGUAAUAAGAGGAUGAAGGAUGCAGAAUAUUUACAAAUACAUUCAGUGACUUGCUGUCCUUAUGGAGCUCACCUGAAGGCUGUGGAAUGGCAGCCAGGUUUCAGUGGUCUCUGUUCAUCAGGGCCUCUCUAGCAUGGCUGACUCUGCCUCGCCCACUCACCUCACAGUAAUUGUGUUACCUCCUCAACCCUGCCAGGUGGAGUGGAUGAGCAUAUUUCACUGAGUGCACCAAACCACAGUGCUGUCAGUUGCACAACUAAUGGAAGUAUGACCUGCAUUUGUGAGCAUUUUUUGGAAGAUUCUACAUCAGCUUGCAUCUUUCGUGGUUUAUUGUGUUCACUGUUCCCUUUGUGUUUAACAUAGAAAUCACACUGAUGCCUUACUGCAGAGGAUUAAACUACAGUAAGCCAGAGAAUUGCAUGGGCUGAAACCUCAAUUUGUGUUAAGGAAAGCUUAGUAAAUGACAAUCUUGAGGAUGCACCUAGAUAUCUAGAAAUUUUCAGAUGCUAAUCAACUGGUAUUUGCUACUCCUGUAUCUUUAAUACACUGAAACAAACUUACCUUCAGGCAUGGCAAGUAUAGAAAGAAGGGCAAAGCCCCAUCAUCUUUAAAACAUGAAAGAACAUGCUCAUCCAGCUGCUGACAAUGUCUUUGGGUUUGAUGGCCCCUUUGUAUCUGUGGCUUUGAUCUUAAAAAUAUGCACAUACAUUGAAACCAAAGUGAGAUCAUGGUAAACACACUGUGUUUUUCAAAUUGAAAUGCCAGUCUGAUUUCACAGUCCCAUGACAGACAUUUCAGACAUUUCAUAACAUGAAUGCAGUUCUCCUGCAGUAAACAGUAGACGGGAGGUAUUUUUGCAUCUGCUACAAGUGUUUCCCAGAUAGAGGAAUACCAUACAGCUGUUUUUCUUGUUUUUUUUUUCUGAGUGCCACUUGGAAUGUGUUUUUCUUUUCUGGAAAGCUAUGAGAGGCUGAUUUCCCUGUGGUGUGACAGAGGCCAUUUGAUGUUAUGACUUGCUCCCAGUGUUACCCCAUCUAGUCAAUACAAGCACAAAUACAGCACACAGAGGUACUGUUUGAUAAACUAGUUAUUAUGCUUGUUCACAACCAGUUUUAGACAGAUGCAAUUUAUUACCCUUUGUCUGCACGAAAAUGAAUACUGACCAUGAAAAUGAAAGCUGUGAUAACAAAUCUGACAUGGUUGGGUUUCAUAUCCACCUAUUUAUAGAUACAUAUCAAAGUAAACAGAGGGAUUAAAGGUUAGUGUAAAUGUCAGCCCUCUAUUUAAAGCACUGAGGAUCACAUUCACAUAAGCUUCAUAUUAAUUAGAUAAAUUAUACACUUCAGGUAUAAGUACCAAAUUUUCUAAAGUAUUGUUGUUAUAAUUAAAACUAAAGUGUGUAACUAACCAAAACAAAUUGUGUCUCAAACACAGAUUGUGGAUGCUAUUGACUAAUCACUGUCAAGGACUGUUUUCAUGAUUAUACAAGUAAUCAGUCAUGUUUAGUCAAGACAGUGAGGUGGCCAUUGUAAGGUGACCAGCGCUCACUCAUUCUUAUGGUUAUUAUGUCCCUGCUGCUUUUCAGACCAUCAUCUUUCCCACAUCUACUUUACAAGGCUGUUACUUACUUUUUGGCUGAUUUCUCCUUCCACCACACUUGCCUCCCCCUGUUCCAGCUCCGCAUUGUCAAUGGCAUCUCUUACAUUUAGCAUUAUGGCUGCCCAUAUCAGCUUGAUAUGUCUGUUGGGCUCCUGCAGAUUUUACUGGACUUUAUGCUGAAGCUCUCACUGCUGCUUGGAUUGCAGAGCACCCUCGUGAGUAAAGUUUGUUCCUCCAAAUAAAAGCAUAAUAAUUUGUUACAACACACGACGGUCCUAUGUUCUUUGACACUAGUGUCCAGCGGCGCUCCCUCCAAACUGUGCUCAGCAGGUGUUGCAGUGGAAGUCUCUGGGGCACAGGAG